AUGGUGAACUGGCUUUCCGAAACUCCGAUGCUUUUGUAUAAAUGUGGAGAAUGUCUUUCAGGUGCAUCUAAUGUGGUGUCUGGUGGUGGUGGUCAUUCGUUCAGUAGUGAUAUGAGGAAGGAGAUGGAUAAACUAACAUCCAUCGCGGAAUCAUUUGCUGGUGAGCGGCAGAGCAUCAUAUCGCAGAUGAACAUCGCAUUGGAGAACGGAAUUGAGAGACUGAUUAAAUCCUACAAUGAUACUCUUGAGAAUAAAAUGACAUGCUUGGAAAACAGUGUGGCCAGAAAGUUGGAAGAUUUGAAAGGUUUCUUGAUUUCUAGUAUUGAGCGAAAUGAUAAUGAAUUGGAUAAACGUGCAGUUCGCAUCGAGAAGGAUUCAGUUUAUUGGUUUAACUGCCGUUUCCAUCCACUGAGCGUCGUGAUGCCGCCUAAAGAGGAAAAGGUGUUAGGUAAGAGAUUAAUCCAACGCAAUGGACUACUGGCGAUAUGUGAAGCUUUGGAAAGGUUUAUCGAUCAGUACGAUCAUGCACGUGACUCCUUCCAGUAUAGAUUCACGCGUAUAGAUUCACUGGAUAAGAUCUAUUCUCAAUUUAUGGAAAAUCAAGAUGCUAUUGAGAGGCUCGACAAGGAGGAAUUUCUGACCACACAUUUGACCGAACGCGUGGAAUUCGAACGUCGUUAUUGUGAAGCGAAAGGGUUACUGCUUUCUAAAACAGUAAACACUGAAGCAAACCAUACAGUACUAAACACUUCUACAACGGCAAAUCAUGCCAUGUCUUCUGGGUUUCAUCUUCGACUGCCAAAAAUCGAUUUACCAAGAUUCAAUGGUGACUCCUCGCGUUGGUUAUCAUUUCGGGACACGUUUACUUCAAUGGUACAUUCAAAUGCAGAUAUACCAACGGUCGCCAAACUUCAAUAUCUUUUGCAAUCGCUUGAAGGAGAUGCAAAGAAACUGUUCGAAUCGAUUGAUGUCGAAGCCGACAAUUAUGCAUCAACAUGGGAUGCAUUACACAAGAGGUAUGAUAACCGUCGCUUUCUCAAGCGUCAGUUGUUUAAAGCGAUAUACGAUUUGCCAGCGGUGAAGCAGGAGUCUGCUAUGCGAAUCCACAGUCUGGUCGACGAUUUUCAACGCCAUGUAAGGGCGUUGGCAAAAUUAGAUGAACCUGUGGAAUAUUGGGAUACACCGCUAGUGAAUAUGUUAUUAUACAAGUUGGAUCAAUCAACUCUGCGAGCAUGGGAGGAGAAAACGAGUAACCAAGACGACGUACGGUAUGAUGAACUGGUAGAAUUUUUGUAUCAACGUGUGCGCGUUCUCACCUCUGUUGGAUCAGAGAUACAGCAAUCGGCAUCUCUAAGGGUGGUCGGGUUGCCUGGUUGGAAAGGUACGAAAAUGAAAGUUGCCGCUAACGCAACUGCAACACCUAAGCAAGAUACUAAAUGCAUAUUGGCAUGUUCAGAGAGUCACGCCCUUCGAACUUGUCCUUCGUUUCUGGAUAAGGAUGUUCACCAACGUCGGAAGCUGGUGUCUCAGAAACGAUUAUGUUGGAACUGUCUGAGUUUCGGUCACCAAGCCAGGAAAUGUGAGUCAAAAUUUACGUGCCGGACAUGCCAUGAUAGACAUCAUUCUUUAUUGCAUGAUGCCUCGUCGUCUAAAGUGUUGGCGAGUCCUACUACUAAAGAUUCUUCACAACAAUCUUCAUCGUUUCAACAUCUCCUUCCGUCUAGUUCAGGCUCUGAUCAAACGCAGGUCAGUAUGACAGUUCAAAACGCGUGUAGUAUGAUUCUACUGGAAACGGUCAUUCUUAACGUCGUUGAUGAUCAUGGAAGAGAGCACAAGGCACGUGCUCUUCUUGACUCAGCAUCCAUGUUCAAUUUCAUCUCAGGAAAACUGGCAAAGAUUCUCUACAGCAGGCGCUCGAGAGUUGACAUUUCAGUAGCAGGAAUCGGUCUCUCAACACAAAGAGUGAGAAAUGCAAUAAUUACCUCCAUUCAAUCGAGAACCCAGCCAUUUUCUACAAAACUCGAGUUUCUCAUACUCAAGCAGCCGUCCGCAGACUUACCGACCAUGUCAGUAGAUAUUUCAUUAUGGAAAUUCCCACAAGUUGAACUAUCAGAUCCACAGUUCCACAUUCCUGGAAGCAUUGAUCUUGUCAUCGGUGGUGAGGCCUUCUGGGAACUACAUACGGGUAAAAAGAUCUCUCUCGGAAAUGGUCUUCCCUGGGUAGUCGAAACACCAUUCGGCUGGGUAGUGUCUGGCUCAACAUCUAACAGAUCUACUUGCAUUCCUCGAAUCUGCAAUCUAUCCAUUACCAAUCAAGAUUUGGAAGAUUCACUACAGAAGUUUUGGGAAAUCGAAACGAUUUCUGUUGGGACCACAUACUCCCCUGAAGAGAGUCGAGCCGAGGAACUAUACAACAGUACUGUGAAACGUGAUAUGACUGGUAGAUACAUCGUUCGCCUUCCCCGUAUUGAAGACUCAGCAGUUGUUCUUGGACCAUCCCGAGCUAUUGCAGAACGUCGUUUCUACAGCUUGGAGCGACGUUUACAAAGAGAUCCUGUCACUAAGGAUUCGUAUCAUCGUUUCAUGAAUGAAUAUUUGCAACUUGGUCACAUGAUUAGAGUAGAUGAGCCCAUCGAUGACGCAAGACCUCACUGUUAUCUUCCUCAUCAUCCCGUAUUUAAAGAAUCAAGCACAACAACGAAGAUAAGGGUUGUUUUCGAUGCGUCCUGUACGACAGCAUCUGGAUAUUCACUUAAUGAUACGCUGCUUGUGGGUCCCGUCGUACAGCAAGAUUUACUCUCCAUCGUGAUUCGUUUUCGAACCCAUUGCAUCGCCCUAGUAGCUGACAUCGAAAAGAUGUACAGGCAGGUGUUUCUGCAUCCGGAUGACCGGUCAUUUCAACGAAUUCUCUGGCGCAAGGGCCCCGAAGAAGCCAUUGCUACGUAUGAACUGCAAACAGUGACAUACGGAACAGCAAGUGCGCCGUAUCUAGCCACGCGGACAUUGCAGCAGAUAGUACAGGAUAUAGGACAAUCGUAUCCUAUCGCAGUAGAACCGGUGAAAACGGACUUCUACGUCGACGACUUUAUCUCGGGUGCAUCGACUGUCGAAGAUGCUAUUAAAUUACGUCGGGAAGUAUCAACGAUGUUAAGUGCCGCAGGUUUGCCGCUUAAAAAAUGGGCUUCCAACUCUUCUGAAGUUCUCACAGAUGUCACGCCUGAUGAUCGUGCAAUUCUUCCGUUUCACAAUCUUCAAGACGAUCAAGCUGUUGCCACCCUUGGACUCAUUUGGGAACCAAAGUCGGAUGUACUCCGGUUCAAGAUUGAAUUACCGCUAGCCGCGUCUAUUCUAACAAAACGAAAGAUUCCACAACUGUUCUUCAAUGGCUGCAUGGAAAUCCAAGUCGUUGGAAAACUUUCGUCGCAAACCGGAUAUCACAAAUACAGUUUACUACUGAUAUCAGCAACUGGAAACAUGUUCCCGGUGUCGACAAUCCUGCUGACGACAUUUCCAGAGGAUUGA